AUGAUGAGCGGCGAAAAUCCCGGCAUCAUGGCCAUCGGCGAAGCGAUCGGUACCGGCGGCACCAUGGGAAUCGGAGAGGCAGCGCCCAUCCACAUCUUAGGUGAGGCGAGGGCCGCCUCGGCAGCUGCUGCGUUGUCAGCGAGCAUUGCGGGAUCGCACGGCAUCGCCCACGAGAACCCGGGGCGCCGUUUUACCAUCUGGUCCAUGUCAGACGCAUCGUCAAGCCCUGACAUGAGGUCCCUGCCGCGUGUGAGUGAUGCCAUUGUGGCCGACUGUUUUGGUGUGUAUGCCGUAUAA